AUGGCCGCUGCCGCUGUUGAUACCACCUCCCUCUACCAGACCUACCAGGCUCUGCCUCACUUGCACGAAGCUGCUCAGACCUACGAACAAAGGUCACCUCAGGCCAUCGUCGAGGAAAAGAUGAUGAACCUCUUCCUCAAGCACGAAGUCUACAAUGAGCUGGCCGUUAUCCUCAUCCACCGCCACUUCGACAUGGCAGAGAACGAGAAGCUCGUCGAGUUCGGCUCCGUCGCCUCUCCCUGGGACUUCCCCGUCGAGCGACCCGACGGCUCGUUCUACGGCGGCGUCGUGAAGCCCCGCAGCUGGAUCUUCAAGGCCGGCCAGAUGAUCCCGUACGAGUACGGCUUCAACGAGCACGGUGCCCCGGCCGUUUACGGCGACAUGCCCAACAAGCCCGCAUUCUACGCCGAAUUCGACGCGCUACUCCAGGAAGAGGGCCUGGCUGAUCUGCUUGGCCUCACGCUCUUGACCGAGCGCAAGCAGCCCGGUGUCAUCAAGCUCGAAAAGACGUUUGGCCGGUCCAACGUCAUGUUCACCGUGCCUGAGGAGUCUCUCAAGGCGGCCAAGAAGGAUCCUGUUGUUGCUUCGUGGGAGUUCAGUCCCGAGGAGGGUAUCGUGGGCCAGAAGAAGAGGCUUGCUUGCAUUGGAUGCAACAUCUGUGCUGUUUAG